GCUGAAUAUCAACACAACACAAAUAAAAUCCUCAAAUUUAUUUUGACCCCCGACUUGUAAUUUCAGAUUCACUGAACUGACUCAGGAGACACACCUCGGUCCCUUCUCGACAUCUGCUCGGCCUGAUCUCCUCGUUUCUUUUGUCCGGCAGGUGACCGGUUGGCUGACUCCACCAUCACACUCGCGUUGGCCCUUGAACUCCUUUCUCACGUGACCACGCCCCUUCCUUCACAUCCAAUCCCGACAUGGAGCCCAUCAAGGUCCAAUCAGAAGGUGGACUGAAUGUGACCCUCACCAUCAGGCUGCUGAUGCACGGCAAGGAGGUCGGGAGCAUCAUAGGAAAGAAAGGAGAAACGGUGAAGAAAAUGCGUGAGGACAGUGGUGCCCGCAUCAACAUCUCAGAGGGGAACUGCCCUGAACGGAUAGUCACCAUCACCGGGCCAACAGAUGCCAUUUUCAAGGCCUUCGCCAUGAUAGCCUACAAGUUUGAGGAGGACAUCAUCAACUCUAUGAGCAACAGUCCAGCCACCAGUAAACCCCCAGUAACCCUGAGGCUUGUUGUGCCAGCCAGCCAGUGUGGUUCCCUCAUUGGCAAAGGAGGCUCCAAAAUCAAAGAGAUGCGAGAGUCCACAGGAGCUCAGGUCCAGGUUGCAGGAGACAUGCUCCCCAACUCCACAGAGAGAGCAGUGACAAUCUCAGGCGCCCCAGAAGCCAUCAUCCAGUGUGUCAAACAGAUAUGUGUGGUGAUGCUUGAGUCCCCACCGAAAGGUGCCACCAUCCCCUACCGCCCCAAGCCUGCCUCCACCCCUGUCAUUUUUUCAGGUGGCCAGGUAAGAGCAGACCCACUGGGGGCGUCCACAGCCAACCUCAGCCUCUUACUGCAGCACCAGCCACUGCCUGCUUAUACCAUUCAAGGACAGUACGCCAUCCCGCAUCCAGAUCAGUUGAGCAAGCUCCACCAGUUGGCUAUGCAGCAAACCCCCUUUACCCCCCUUGGACAGACCACCCCUGCCUUCCCCGGUCUGGAUGCCAGUAACCAGGCCAGUACUCAUGAACUCACCAUUCCCAAUGAUCUAAUAGGCUGCAUAAUCGGACGCCAGGGAACCAAAAUCAACGAGAUCCGUCAGAUGUCUGGGGCGCAGAUCAAAAUUGCUAACGCCAUGGAAGGGUCAUCGGAGCGCCAGAUCACCAUCACAGGGACCCCCGCCAACAUCAGCCUGGCCCAGUAUCUCAUCAACGCAAGGUUCAGAGACGUGGCGGCCAUGUGGAACGACCCAUCUUCCAUGACCACAUCCUGAGAUCCCUGACUGGCUCCUCCGUUUGGCCCUUUCCAAUGACUGACUACCGCAGACAACCCUGAUGAAGCCCUUCGGACUCUGGCUCUGGCUCUCCGAAAAACCUUGACCACCUUCCUGCCCUGGUAUAAAGUUGUUUCCACGUAAGGGAGGGUUGGGUGCUCAUUUUUAUUUCAGAGGGCCAGAUUAAAUUAAAAAAAGAAAAAAGAAAAAUUCUCUG